GGCGUUUUAUGAUAGAUGGAUCCGGAUAGACGGGUCGCACUAGGUCGCACUGCCUUCUACCCAAACGCUCCCCUUCUCUCUUCUACUCUCUUCUCAUGGCCCAACCACCACCUACCGACAUCCCAACGGCUUUUCGUGUAUUCCCCGAUACGCUGCCUCAACAAAACUUCGACCACGCCAUCGAUUCAGUUGGUCAACCGAUUUUUCCAAUCGAGAUUGCAGAAUAUAUCAUUGACCAACUCGGGAUCGAUCUCUUGUUUAUAUUCACAUCAGGGGAAUUUGGGGAAUUCGAUCACCAUGCGAGCCUCUGCCUUUCUUUGCGAAACUGCGCCCUGACGUGUAAGGCCUGGCGGCCCCGAAGCUAUUACUACCUAUAUCGACAAAUAUGGUUAGAUUCUCGCGUUGUCGACGUUCUUCGAAAGAACGUUGAACUCUGCAAGAGUGUCCAUAGACUGAUUUUCCUUGGCUCUUUGACGCCAGUGAGAGGUCUGUUACCACUCACUGGUCCAGGAAAACUAUCUAGCAUCCGAGCCCUCAGCUUUGUCGGGUGUACGGACAUGGUUCAACACAAAUAUUUCCCGAUGGCUUUCAUGCCGUUCUCACAUACGAUCACAGUAUUGACAUUGCUAGGUAUGUCAUUGAAUGGCCGAGAUUACCAUCGAAUUCUUUGCGCAUUGCCAAGUCUCGCAUGUUUGACAACCAAAUAUGAUAUUCCUGAUGUAUCACCGCCCAACCAGACAGGGGUCAAGGGUUUGAAGGCGCCGAAAUGCCGCCUGAAGUGUUUAGCUAUCCACAUUUCGCCUGGAAAGCCUGAACGGCUAUGUGGUUUCCUGACUAGCAUCCCAUGUUGUAUUUCUGCCCUCGAAUCCCUCCUCAUCAGGUUUCCUAAGCCAGGAACGACAGAUUUAUGGCCCAACUCUGGCAAUGUUUACAACUUGAUCGCUGCCUCAUUUGUUACCCUCAGGACUUUUGCAAUAUCCUUUAGCGGAUCACUUGAUGUCAGAGAAAAGUGCGUAAGGAAAAUAUCUUUGCACCUGUCAAAAUGGUGAUAUUACUCACAUCACAUAUCCACAAACUUUGUUGUAGUGUGCUUGGCUAAUUUGCGUCAACUCCGCCAAUUAGAAAUAUACAUUGCAUGUUAUGCAGACAGCACAUCUCUCGAUACAAUGAGGAGGAUGCUUUCCGUUGUCAACUCAGCGAAUCUACGCAGUGUAUAUAUCCAUUGCGAGCUACAUUUGCACCUCGACAAUGAUAGUCGCAAUGCAUUGCACGCACUCGACGAAGCCCUUACUGAACCGCGGUUUGCACUACUCGAAAGAGUGGUUGUCGUAUGCGGUAAGGGGAGCAUCUUUGGCACACUGUUACCAAAAUGCAUGGAACGCGGAAUACUUCAUGUGCGACCCGCAUCCAGAGACGCCUCUAGGUAAAUUUAAUAUGUACAUUGUUUCGCCUACGUUAAUGGGAUCCCCUUUUCUAGCCACAGUGUAUGGAUAGCCGAGCAUUUCCACCCUUACAUGACAAAAAGUGUCAACACGACUUAGCUUUGGCCGUGAUCGGGGACCGGCGCCACCCAUCCCUUACUCAGUGGUCAGGCGAUAUUCCCUCCCUGACACCAUACCCCCAGUUGUAUCAGGCAUAUUUACCUUGAAGGCGACGAUGGACAUUGCGGUAACGGUGCUUUAGCACUGUGACCUAGGCGGGAAGAUUCUUGGAACUUCAUCUGGGUUUUGUCGCUCCUUCGACGGAACAUUGAUUUGUCACAUUUGUGCAUUCACAUGGUUGCAUGGUGGACCCGUCACCAUGACGGUGUUUCGCUCGCUGGAUGGGUAAGCUUCGUCGAAGUUGGAAGCUGGCUUGCGCAGUUUUCAGUUUUCUUUUCUGCUUUCCUCUUGAUUGACUCCCUCUUCCCCACUAUACGAAGUGGUAGUACCCUCUGUAUUCUCUUUCCUGUCUCUUUUAUCUCUAUGCUAGCUAUUGAAUUCUUAAACAUCUCCUGGUACUGUACUGUUAAUGGCGUUAUACAGUAUCGUGAACAU